CCGUCUAAGUAGUAUCUUGUAAUCCUAAUGUCAAACAAUGCGUGUAUAUAAACCGCGUCUUGUUUUCAAAAACAUUAUAAACGAAGUGUAACUAUCAGUAUUACGAACUCGAAUAUUAUAACGAAUAUUUCUAAAAUGUCUUCGAAAAUCGUUCUAUUUGUUUGUUUUGUGAUCGCCGUAGUGGCAGCAGUUCCUGCACAAACUGGAGGCGGUGCCGGACCUUGGGCUAUUGCUGGCGGUUGGGGUGGAGCUGGUGCUGGAGCUGGUGGUUGGGGAGCAGGUUGGGGUAACGGAGGCGCCAAUCCUUGGAUUCCACCAUGGGUAGCCAAUGCUCCCUGGUAUCCGCAAUGGGUUCCUUGCACCACUGUUGGCAGCUCCUGCCAGGAUUGUACAACUAGGUUGGUGUGCACUAAGGUUGGAGGCCUACAGCGUGCUUGCACUGACCCCGCCCUCCCUUACUGCAACCUUGGCGAGUGCUCCGCUACCCCUUCUGCUGAAUGUGGAGUACCAGCUGAAAACGCCAGUGCUGAUGCCGCCGCCCCUUCUCCCAGUGAAACCGCAGCCUAAACGAACUCAUUGUAUUCAAAUUCCCCUUUAAUAGAACUUAUAGUGUUCCAAUUUUAAAUACUCUAUUUGACAAUUAAUUAUGACUGUAAAUUAUAUAUUGUUUUGUUUUAAAAAUGUUUUAAUAUAUAUUGUUUCAAAUAUUGGCACCUAAUAACAACUUUUCUUUUGUUUAAUGCAAUUUUGUGUAUUGUAAUCAAAAUUGUUUUCAAAAAUACAUUAGUAAUUGUUUUAACUUUAUGUAUUUUUAUUUUAUAAUCCUUAGUUAUUAAAUUGUUUAAAUAAAUUAUUAUUUUAAUAAAGUUUUAUAUUUUUAAUUGGAACUAUGAAUUUUCAUUUAUCUAAAAG